AACAGGACGUCAGCCCCCUGGCAUCAAUCUAGUCCGACACAGACUUCCACAGGAACUACCGCUGCGCUCGUACUCUUUGGAGACAACUUGUUUUUUGGAUUCUUGCGCCCGAAGCUCCUCGUUCGUCUUUUCUUUUUGUGGAAAUACAAGCAACCCGCUCUCAAUCGCCUGUAAAGAUGCUGCUCCUACUCCUGGGAAUCGUCCUGCUGCACGUCGCUGGACUGGUUCUCCUCUUUGUGUCAACAAUUGUCAGCGUAUGGACGACAGGUGAAACUAGCACCUCAGACCUCUGGUUUAACUGCUCCACUGCCAAUGGAGGAUACCACUGUGACCCAGCUACAUCUGGAGAGUGGAUUCAGGCGGUGCAGGCUCUAAUGAUCCUAUCCAUCAUCUUCAGCUGCCUGUCUCUCUUCCUCUUCUUCUGCCAGCUCUUCACCCUGCAGAAGGGCGGACGCUUCUUCAUCACCGGAACCUUCCAGAUCCUCGCCAGUUUGUUCGUGAUGAGCGGCGCCAUCAUCUACACGGUGAUGAGCACGGGUUGGGUGCCGGCGGCCAACGCCUUCGGCUACUCCUACAUCCUGGCCUGGGUGGCCUUCCCCUUGGCGCUGAUCAGCGGACUCAUCUACGUCAUCUUGAGGAAGCGAGAAUGAGCCGGUCACUCCAUCCCAGUGUUCCCAGUAAAUAACCCCGGCCCCUCCCCCCCAGCGGCUGCCAGUGUCAUCAGUUCUCCUCCUCGAGUAUAAGUUGUGAUGUGAAAAGUAACCGAAGGAGUCACCAGGCCAAUAAAGCCAGGUCACACCAAUGGAGAGAGGGGAGGGGGGGGCGUAAAACCAACAAACAACAUCCAAACCAACACAAAAACAACCAAUACUGUCUCAUUUAAAAGAUGUAUAUAGUAUCUAUGGUUUAAAACCUAUUUAUAACACUUUUUACAUAUAUGUACAUAGUUUUUGUGUUGCUCCGUCAACAGAUACUUGUAUGAGCUUUUGUUUCAGCUGAUUAAGUGCCUCCGUGUUCGUUUGUAAUGAUGAAAUAACUCGAUGCUAUGUUGUUGCGUUGCCUUUCUCUAUUUUUUGUUUUUGUUUUUUUUUGUUUCGGUAACUGCCAAAGAAUCAGCUAAAAACGAAAAAUAAGUUUCUUGACGUAUAUAUAUUAACCAAAGUGCAUGUAUACACAAAUAGAGAGGUUGGGUUUUUUUUCCGGAUAGGCUUGCUUGGCAAACAGAGUGGUAACAUCCGUGGACGUAGCGUUAGCCGCGUAGUAGAUUUGGUCCUUUUCUAUUUUGUGAAUUUGCAAGUUUCAGUGUUUUUUAAUUUUUUCUUAUUUUCAACAAAAAAGAUGGUGCUACAUAUAUAUAUAUUUAUCAUUCCUAUUACUGAUAGCGACAUAACAGUUAUUGUGUUGUUGUUUCGAGUGGAGAACAGCUUGCCAUGAAUUAAAGCGAGGAUCAGAGGAGAGGUACACGUGCACACAACCGUGCACGACUGCUUCUUUAGGGAACACAAGCCUAUUUCACAUCGCAGUGUCUGACCUUUUAUUUUUAUUUUCUGUAAAACAAAAUGACUAUCUGAGCUUGGGGUUGGUGCACUGAUGAAAUCAAAAGUCAUUUGGAAUGUCAGUAUUAUUCUGCAAGUUCGAUCACAGUGAAGUUUCUUCACGUGAAGCUUUAUUUUAGCUCCGUUACCUUUUUCCCCUCGUUAGUUUGUUCGUUCGCCCUCGUGACUCAAAAAGUCAAAUCACCAAAAUAGAACAAUACCAUAAAGGAAAUAACCCUGUGGGACUUUAUAGCUUGAGGGGAAAAUUAGUUUGAUUUAACUUUACUAGAAAUAAAUGCCACUCACUUGAAGCCAUAUGAGAAAAACACCAGAUGACGGGAUUAAAAACACAUUUUAGUAUUAACUUUUUUCUUUGAGGACAGCGACAGAGAGGUUUGCAGUGAUGAUACAAAUGUCUGUUUCACAUACUUGAAGUUUGGUCGCUCGGCCGUUUCUCUGCCCGCGUGUGUCUCCUCUUCUACUGUGUAAAACACUGUUUCUAUGUUACUGUGCAUAACACGUGUCGAUGGUGACAAUCUACAGCCUUAAACACACAAAACGCUUACUCAAUAAAACUACUCUCGCAUUAUCUAACCCCGUGUGCUCCACUGUUACGAGGGAUUUGGAUUAACACUCGAUGCAUUAGGAGCUAUAAUGAAUUGCAUGGCUGCAGAAUAUCAACAAGGAAACGAGCGUCUCCGGGCUGCGAUGAGAAAAUCCACCAGUCGAUGGAAGUAGAUGUUAGAAUUGAUGAGUUUGUGGUGGAGGGAGCUGCUGCAGCCGACAGUAGCUGCAAGCUCAGCAGGCCGGGAGACCGGGGGGGCAGCAUGUGGAUUCCUGUUUACAGUCCAGCCGAGUAGAGUGUCUUUACUGUGUGCCAUCGUGCUCCGGCAGAUCCAAUCAGCUUGUGUUACACACACGCUCGGAGGAGGAGGAGGAGGAGGAAGAGGAGGAGGCAGGCACCUGAUGCCAGGGAUUCAAAACACGCAGCUUGUGUUUCAGUGUCAACAGUGUCUCCUCAUAGCAUCACACAUGUCCUCCACUUGACAUCUCCUGUCAGAUCCUGUGUUGUGGUGGAUGCAUUCAGAUCUCACACUAGUCUGCAGUGGGGGGGGUGUGUGGAUCAUUACCUGGGUUCAGUUAGAAGAGGUCCACCUCUAAUGACAACUGCCCCUUCUCUUUGAUUACUGAGUUAAACUGUCUAUAUACCAUGUUUACACCUGAACUUACAAACGCUCGCGAUGUUACCAAAGCUACUUUUUGAGUUUAAUCAUUAAAGGAUGUUUCUUACCACCACCA